AUGAAUUGGCGGACGCAUUCAUCACCUCCCUCGUUCUUGAGCGACGAGAGGUGCCAGAUCGUUGACUUCGACGGCGGCGUACAUGUGACUAUCACGGCAUCUGGCCCCGAAGAUCGACUCCGGGAUGCUGCUAAGGAUGCCGACCACCUACGGCCGCCCAUGGGCUCGUCGGUUUCGACCUCGACCGGGAGCACGACUCCGACCGUGACAGACGCCGACAGGAUCUACAAUGAAAAGCAAACCGAUAUUUCUGCUCUAGAUAUCCACGCCACCCACCAAAGCAAGAACUCGCGCAGCUGGCAUCACGUUCUCCUUCACCCGUUUUCAUCAUCAUUGCAUCCCAGGAAGAACCAACCCUCCAACCACAACAUUACCGGCACUGCGCGCAAACGAAAGCUUGCCGGAGCAGAGACCUUUCUCCACGCCACUCCAACCGCCAGCCCGCCAAAGCGCAGCUUCCGCAUCCUCCGCGGCACUACGUGGGUCGACCCCUCCGACGCAAACCCUCCUGCCUUCACACCAGAAGGCAAGCUCCCGAUGAUGGAGAAGAGCUAUAAACAAUGGCUGCACCAGCACCACCUACAAGGCGCGCUGACUGACGAGACGGCUCAGAACCGUAAGCACAAGGACAGCGAGUCUCACUGCGCAGUCUGCGCGGCGUACCCGGAGCUGCAGCAGUGCUGGCGCGACACACCGUCAUCAUCGUCAUCGCCGGCACCCACGCCAGCGGAAUCGAGACCACACUGGACAGCGGCCUUCCGCGCCAUCAAGCGCUUCUACCCCAACCGCAAAACCUCACCACGCACUCCCCAACCCACCUUCCGCGUCUGGCACUGGUACGGCGACGACAUCUCCACCAACCGCGGCCGCUGGGUCGACUGCGGGCCCUCAGUCCUCAUCACAGAAGGCCCACUAGACGCAGAAGAAGCCCGGUACCGCCGGCAAAUCGAGGCGAGCUGGCGCAGCGACUGCCAACGGAGACGCCAAAGUCGCGGCCCCUUUUGUGGUGGGCCGGUGCCGCUCUGGGUACCCGCCGUGUUCGUUGCGAGUCUGCCUGUGCUGGUACCGGUUGCGGUUGGGAUGGUGGUGUAUGAUAAGGUGGUAGAAGCUGGGGGGCGGUGGUGCCGCUUGGGGAGGCAGAGGUGGGGAAAGGUGAAGGAAUGCUGGCUGCUGAGACAGCGACGGACACGGAGUCGGAAACGCAAAGCCAUGCCGAGCUUCCGCGUCUGGUCUAGGUCAGUGUUCGAGUGGCGCGACGGCGCACUCAGGCUCGGACGGGGAGGGUGGGUGGACUGUGGGCCUUCGGUGGUGCUGCUCUCGGACACCACCCUAGAGGAGUACUCAGAAAGAGCGGCGGCGGCAGCAGCAGCAGCAGAAGUAGAAGCACCAAACGAAGCAGACGCGGCAUGGCGCCGGUUGCAAUGGGGGCGUAGCUGGAGUGAGAGCCCGAACCCGCACUUGGCGCCGUCGGAGGGUGGGCCGGUGAUCAGGUGGGAGCCGGUGGUGUUUGUGGUGCAGGAACUCUCGUGCGCGUUGGGGCCAGCGGUUGGAUCUGUGUAUACGCGUGGAGAGCAUGUGCAUGUGGGAGAGUGCUAUGUGGAUGAGCUCAGCAGGGAUGGGUUGUGCGGUGAUGGGAAAGAGAAAAGCUGUGGAUUCGAGUGA